GCCAACAAUCGCGUAGCAGGCCUGGUGUGGGGAUUGUUGUUUAUUGGGUAACAUGUCCUGUAAUUGACAUUCAUCUAGGGAUUUGAUUACAUGUGUAUAAUAGUAUCACAGGGGCCUGCAGUGAUAGUACCGUACUACCUGAUCCCACCUCUCGGGCUAUUAGUCCAACAUCAGGACCCCCUGGAAUGGGGUGCUGGAUCUCGGAGGGGAAGGGCAGGACCCCCUGGAAUGGGGUGCUGGAUCUCGGAGGGGAAGGAAGAGUAGUACUGGACCUGUAUUGUAUAGGCAAGUUACAUCAAAGAUCAAGUCUUCUCUAUGAUGUAUAAAUGGUGACAUUCAACUUUAGGAAUAAUGGAUGUAAAAGAUCAAGUCUUCUCUAUGAUGUAUAAAUGGUGACUUCAACUUGAGGAAUAAUGGAUGUAUAUGUUCAUGAAGAUGAUUUCUUUAUGAAUGACCUAGGAGAGCAGGAGUCAGAAUCUGAAAUGACAGAUGAGGACUUUUUACUGCGGGCUAUUGAGAAACAUGAUCUCGCAACAGCACAAAACCUUUUAUGUAUCAAAGGAGUCUCACCAAAUUUUGAGCGUCGGGGAAAAAAUCCAAUUUGUAGAGUUGCCUACCUUGGACAAGAAGAUAUGUUAGAACUUCUCAUAUCAAACCAGAGUUUUCUGAGCAGGUCUUGUCAUCGUGACUCCAUGUGGCUGAGACAACCUAUUCACCUGGCUGCCUCCAAAGGCCACCAAAACAUUGUACAACGUCUAGUCGAGUGUGGGGUGGAUAUCAACAGCAAGGAUUCUGACCACCGUACACCCCUUCACUGGACAGCAACAUAUGGACGUGUUGACACGGCUCAAUUGCUGCUUCAAAAGGGGGCAGUGGUGAAUGUGACGCAGACCGACGGAUUCACACCACUUCAUAUUGCCUCUUGUCUUGGACAUCUUAAUGUGUGUAGGGUACUAAUUGAGAAUGGUGCCGAAGUGAAUAGGGUCGAUGCAGAGGGUUGGACAGCUCUUCACACCGCCGUGUGCUAUGGUAAGCCAAAGGUGGUAGAAUUGCUUCUCGAAAACCAAGCUGCUGUCAAAGCGGUAACCUUGGACCAGAAUACAACUCUACAUGUGGCGGCAAGUAGCGGAUAUCUAAGUGUGAUUAAAAUUCUACUGACACACGAUCUGGAUCUAAACCGGAAAAACAUGCAGGGAUUUACGCCAUUCCACUUGGCAUUUUAUCACAGUAAGGUUAACGCUUGCAGACGGUUGAUUAAACAUGGUGUAGACAUCCAGACAUGUGACUGUAAUGGUCAAACGCCUUUGUACAUAGCUGCAUCACAGAUAAAUGUGAAGCUGGUCCAUAUACUCUUAGAGGCAGGAUAUGACUUUAGCAAAGAGAAAUGGAUUCGUGACAAGAAGUUUCCAUUUGAUGUUCAAAAACAAUCCCAUCUAAGUGAACUGUUGAUAGAGACUGCCAGCAAUCCUAGAUCUCUUCAGCACUUAGGAUGUUUCAGGAUUCGAAAUCUUAUUUCUGGGUAUAUUGUUCCAAAAGUAGAGAGAUUGCCUAUUCCCAAGAGCUUAAUUGAUAUGCUUGCAUUCAAAAGUCAAUAAUUUAACGAGGAAUACAAUUCUGAGAAAGUUUUUUGCUUUUGUUCCACAAUCCAACAAGCAUAGGUUCAUCAAUUAAAAAAAAUAUGCACCACCGUGAGAUUCUUUUGAUGUACAUCAAAUGAUCAAACUAGUCUUCUCGUCUUGUCCCCAGGGUGCUGCACACAGAGCCUUCAAUUUUGCUAUGACAUAUUCCAGGAUGUAGAUAGCGAAAGUGAACGUAACCCCUGGAUAUCGAGGAUGGCCUUACUGCUACAAGUAAUCAAACUCAAAGCAUAUAGGGUUAAGUCAAACUGCAUCCAUUUUCUUCAACCAAUCACAAAGCUGGAAAAGUGAUCAGGACUUACAACAGUUGAUAAUAUAUUUUAUUGGCUGAAGUAAAUGACCUUCACCUAAUCAAUUACUUUUGCUUGAAUUGUGCUGUGUUUGUAAAAAAAAUGAAUAAAUCUGGUGAAGUAACAC